GCCAGCCCCGCGUGCGCCCCCACGAGGGCAGAGCGGCCGGGCCGAGUCGGGGUUCUCCGGCCCGGCUGGCGGCGUCCUGAGGCUCGGGCCGAACGCCAGGAGGUGCCCGACAGUAACGCGCGGGGCAGGCAGCGGAAACGUGGCUCGGCAGCAGCGCCCGCCUUGGACCCGGGAAGGCGCCUGGGAGCAGCCCGGGAGCGGCCGGCCGGGCCGAGCGUCCGAGAAGAAGAAGCAUCUGAUAACAAUGGAGCCAUGACCCUUAGAUGGAGGAUUUGUCAGUUGGAGGGAUGGAAUUUGUAGAGUAUAGUCAGCAUGCCUGCUCUAGGCCAGUUCCGAAUGGAUACACCAGUAAGAUUUCUCAAGUGCAUUCGAAGGAAAGAAGUGCAGAUCCGAAUUCUGAUGGCUGUGAACAGGAGGAUGCAGCUAGGUAUAAAAAGAAGACUAAGGGCAAUCGGAUUUGGAACUUUGUUAGCCGGAAGAAAGGCACCUCCAUGAAUUCCAAAAGACCCCAGUCUAUGAUCCUUUUUGGAGAUAACAUGGAGGUCUUGGAACAAAAUCAUAAGAUGUCCUUUAUGGAAAGAGUGAGAUCUUUCAAGAAGCUACGGUCAUCUGGCACAUCCAAGAAUGUCUCCAAAAGCAAGGCCGUUAUCAUCACGGAGGAAACUCUGGAGGACAUUGAGCAGAAGGCACGUCACAGAAUCAAGAAGCUCGGUGAAGGUCAAAGGCCUUUCCGUCAUUCCUACGCAGGCUACAUUGAGGAGUUGGAUUCUUCUUUGGAAGAUGUGGAGCUUAACAGCUGUGUGCUAGAUAUGGACACCAGUGAAAGUAAGUGGCACCGGAUUGUGGACAUUGGAAUAAAUGGAGAAGAUGCCAGCAAUGACUGUUACAAAACGUCACCUCAAAAGAGUGUGGUUCCAGAGUUUGAAAAUUCUCCAAAAUCUGGAUUCACACAAGGGGACACUCAAAGGAGACACACAGUUGCUGUGCCUGAGAAUAGAAAAGGAAGGAGUUCUGAUGUCUGGAGUUAUUUGAAAGGAUUUUCAUUAACAAGCAAGGAUAAUUCAAAGCUACAAGAUGAAAGAAUUGAGCCAAACUUUCAGGAGCUUGAAAAUGCAAUGGAUAAUUCCUCUUCUUAUUUUGAGUUUGACUUGAGAUGUGAGGAGGAGGCAGAAGUUGGCCAGCCUAAAAGACCCAGGAAUGCCAUUAAAAGCACUCACUUUGGUGGGGUCCGUCGAUUCUUCAGCAGUGUUGCUGAGGCAGCUAGGAAGUGGCGGGGUUCUUCCAAAACAUUUUCACAGGAAGAACAAAGGCCUAACAUCAGUCGUGGUCAUCGAAGGCAAGAGGUCGCACCUCACCCGCAGCUGCUGGUCAUCACAAACGAUAAAGCCGGAGUUCUCUCUUCUACCGGAAUGUUUCCAGAUUCUGGCAUCUGGGAUAAGCACAAUUCAAGAAGCUCAGCAAGUAAAAAGCGGUGUAAAGGAAAUGAAAAUGCAGAGAUUUCUCAAGAAGUCUCUAGUUCUGUUUUAAGUAGUGAAAAUGGCAGUUUCAAUGAAACAUCCUUUCCACCCCCUGGCACAAGUUUGUCUGCUUUUCCCUUCUCAGAAUUUCCUAAUGACUGCUGUGCAUUUCAUGGUGUGCGUGGUCUAGCUAUGGAACUGUUGCCGAUAGAUGACCCCCUUCUUCAUCAAGUUGAUCAUAGGGGUGUAGGUACUGCUCCAAUAGAAACAUGGGUAUUAGAUUCUUGGGUCCAGAGUAACACUGACAGCUUGGAUGAUACUCGGGGCUUGGGUACACUUUGCUUAAAGGGUCAAGAUUUUACCGAAGCUAAGUUGGAUGCUACAAACAUGGAAAAUGUGCCUCUGGAUUACAAAAACUGGUGUGACACUGAAUCAGAACUUUCAUAUAAGACAGACAGGAGUACUGUGGACCUAAGUGCUCUUCCAAAGGACAUUAGUACUAUGGGUGGUAGUCAAGAUUUAACCAGUACUGUAGCAAAUACAAGGACUGACUGUGGAACUCCAGUAGAUACUAAAUAUGACGAUGGCAUUUCUCAAGUUAGCCAAGAUGUGGAGUUUCCUCCAGUUGAUAAUCCAGACUUGGGGACUAUACUAGUAGAUAAACAGAUCCCUGAGAAUACUCAGGAUUUAACAGGUACGCUGACAGAUACCUGUGAUUUAGAAAGUUCUGUAGGUUUUCAGAACAUUAGUACAGCUCCAUCCGCUACUCAGAGCUUGGGCAGUAUUCUGGAGGAUGCGUACACUUCCUAUACAUCUGCUCCUUUAAACUGUCCUACCCUUGACAGGCAAGUACUAGAUCAAGAGAAUCCCGCUGUGGAAGUCAAUGGAAAAACUUUCCCGUCCAAACAAAGCCCUAGGGGGAAACCUCGUAAAGUGGAACAUUUUAAGUACAGGGAGAUCCAUCACCCAUUCCAGAUGAGCCUAUGUACAGUUGUCUCCUUCAACGAAUUCAACCAUGGAAAGCCACUCUCUCACCCUCUACAUCCCUCACCACAAUCGCCGCCCUUCAAACUCCUCUUGGACAGGUGCCACUCUUUGCCCCUUUCCCAGAGCACACCAAUGGGGCUGGAUCAGCUGGGCUGGAAGAGGAAGUUGUUGCUAAGUCCUGGAGAGAGCAACUUGGGUUCCAAAACUCUGGAAGUGCGGCGUCGAGAUGGCAGGAAUGGGAGAAGUCAGUGGAAACCCCUCAAGCCUGGAGUGGAGCAGCUGCUGCUCAGUAAACUGAUCAGUGGCGGUUCUAUUGUGAGCGCUGAGGCAGUAUGGGAUCACGUCACCAUGGCCAACCGGGAGUUGGCGUUUAAAGCAGGAGACGUUAUCAAAGUCCUGGAUGCCUCCAACAAGGACUGGUGGUGGGGUCAGAUUGACGAUGAAGAAGGAUGGUUUCCUGCCAGCUUUGUAAGGCUAUGGGUUAACCAAGAAGAUGGUGUCGAGGAAGGAACUAGCGAAGUACAGAAUGGGCACUUGGACCCAAAUGCUACAGACUGCCUCUGUCUCGGUAGAACCCUUCAGAACCGAGACCAGAUGAGAGCCAAUGUCAUUAAUGAAAUCAUGAGCACUGAACGCCAUUAUAUCAAACAUCUGAAGGACAUUUGUGAGGGUUAUUUGAAGCAGUGUCGGAAGAGAAGAGACAUGUUCAGUGAUGAACAGUUGAAGAUCAUCUUUGGCAACAUUGAGGAAAUCUACAGGUUUCAGAUGGGCUUUGUAAGAGACUUGGAGAAGCAGUACAACAACGAGGACCCCCAUCUCAGUGAAAUUGGGCCGUGUUUUCUGGAGCAUCAAGAUGGCUUCUGGAUCUAUUCUGAGUACUGUAACAAUCACUUGGACGCAUGCAUGGAGCUGUCGAAGCUCAUGAAAGAUGGCCGGUACCAGCACUUCUUUGAAGCGUGCCGACUCUUGCAGCAGAUGAUUGACAUUGCCAUCGACGGGUUCCUUCUGACUCCUGUGCAGAAGAUCUGCAAAUACCCACUGCAGCUGGCAGAACUGCUGAAGUACACUGCCCAAGACCACAGCGACUACAGAUAUGUGGCUGCAGCACUCGCAGUCAUGAGGAAUGUGACUCAGCAGAUUAACGAGAGAAAAAGAAGGCUAGAAAACAUUGACAAGAUCGCUCAGUGGCAGGCCUCGGUUCUGGAUUGGGAGGGGGAGGACAUCUUGGAUCGCAGCUCUGAGCUGAUCUAUACAGGGGAGAUGUCCUGGAUUUACCAACCUUAUGGACGAAGCCAACAGCGCGUCUUCUUCCUCUUUGAUCACCAGAUGGUUCUCUGCAAAAAGGAUCUAAUAAGAAGAGAUAUCCUGUAUUACAAAGGACGUAUUGAUAUGGAUAGGUAUGAGGUCUUGGAUAUCGAAGAUGGGCGGGAUGAUGACUUCAAUGUGAGCAUGAAGAACGCAUUCAAACUUCACAACAAGGAGACAGAGGAAAUGCAUUUAUUUUUUGCCAAGAAGUUGGAGGAGAAACUGCGGUGGCUGAGAGCUUUCCAGGAGGAGAGGAAAAUGGUACAAGAAGAUGAAAAAAUAGGCUUUGAAAUUUCUGAAAACCAGAAACGACAAGCUGCAAUGACAGUAAGGAAAGUCAGUAAACAAAAAGGUGUCGGCUACUCGCGGUCAGUUCCUCCAGCCUACCCACCUCCCCAGGAUCCACUAAAUCAGGGACAAUACAUGGUGACGGAUGGCAUAGCCCAGCCACAGGUCUACGAGUUCUCCGAACCCAAACGCAGCCAGUCACCAUUCUGGCAAAACUUCAGCAGGUUAACGCCAUUCAAAAAAUAAUAUAUAGAGUGAGAUGGAGAAUUUUAAAAAUAAAUAAAAAAUUAAAAAAUUAAAAAUUAUAUUUAUAGAUGGACCUUUUUUGGAGAAGCACUGUUGCAAUUUUAAAAAAUCAUAUAUAUAUAUAUACACACAAUGUAUGUGUAUAUGUAUGUGCCACACAGUGGCACAUAUAUUUACACACACACAUAAAUAUAUGUCUAUACUGAAGGACCAAAAAUGUUUCUGUUGUUGUUGUUUUGGGAUGCAGUCUCUGCUACUCCAUUCCAGGAAGCACCAAUGACUUCUAAUCAUGUAACCAGCUUUAUUUUGGCACCAUUGGAAUCCUUGUUACUGUUACUUUUUAUUUUACUGUUUGUGUCAGAAUCGUCUGCCAGGGUGAUUUGCUGUCCGUUGUGCAUCACACUUCUAUCAUGUUCCAAACAGGCCCAUUCUGGUGUAGAUUUCCUUUUAAAAAAAUUAUUUAUAGAUUGUCUGCCCUUAGAAGGGGGUGGGCACAGGGGAGGGAGGACUCUUCUUUUUGACAUCUCAUUCCCACAGCCCAUCAUAGAGGCCAUCCCCCCAUCUCACCCCAGGACCCGCUUCUGUCUGAGCUCUAUUGAGAUGAAUGGGAGGUCUCAUUCACUUCAGUAGAACUUAUUUGGAAGGUGUACUGUGGUAGAGGCCAGGGAGUGGAGGGGGGAUUAUGCCACCUAAGUUGAAUAUUACGGAUUUUUUUUAAAGUUGCAUUUUUAUUUCCCAGUGUUCUUCUGUUCUGAAUCUAUGCACUGUAAUAUGCUGCUCAGUACUUCUGUUGCUUUGAAGCGUUUGCUAGAGGGGACAGCACAACCAGGCUCUGCGGCUAUGCCAAUGCCAUUCAGAAAAUGGAAGUUGAGACGCAAGAGUUUUGGCAGCCUGGGCCUCAAGGGUGCAAAGAGAAUGGGGUGGCCAGAGGGAACCCAAUUGUUUAUUAUGCAAGGAAUUAUGACUCUCUGGCUGAUGUUGCAUUUUUGUUAAUUAUGCUUUUUUUUCUUCCUGCUGUGUAGUUUGAGCAUAAUGGUUUUUCUCCCCCAGUAAUAUUAUUCAGGUUCUUCCAAUUUGGGUUGUGUAUUCUGUUGAUUGUAGGGUUUUCUUUUGUCUCCCCUGCUUUUCUUUUUUCUUUCCCAUUGGGCAAUUGCCACAUAAAAUGCCCGAUCUACUAAUUUGCACAAUCUGCAGGCUCAGAAGAUGUGCAGAAAAGAGGUCAUAAGCUCACAGCCCAUAUCCUAGCUUAGAACCAAACGGGCUCUCAGCCUCCAAGAAAUUUUUAGCUUUCCUGUCAGGGAGUCCCAUCCCUCCUGAUCCCGCGUACGAUGGCUGUUAUGUGCCCUUGAUUAGAGAUGCUUUGGUCCCAGUGAAGACAAGUCGUUAUAGUCCUUAUGGACUGCCCUAUUUCACCUGUUCCAAGCUCUGUCCUCAAGUCCAAACUACCAAGUACAGCAUUAGCCAUUUGCUAAACAGUUUGCCGAAGGAUCACUGCCUUGGUAAUCCACCUGCUUGAUUGCUGAGGGAUGAGAUCCAUGCAGGGAGCAAAGCACAGCACACUCUGCAGUUGCAGCAGCACUGCUUUGGACAGAAAAAUGCAAACUGCGUGAUUUGGUGGCUGCUAUAUACAGCCCUAGGUUGGCCAAAACAGGCAUUUUUUGUCAUUGUCAGUGGUUUGUAAGGUUCUCUCUCUCUCUCACCCUGCCCCUCCCUACUCCACGUUCUCCAUUGCAAGGGUAAAAGCCACCUUUUGCUCUGGAUUCCCCAAAGACAUGAAUUGGCCUAACCUCACCAGACCUUGCAUUAAAACUUCAAAGACAUAAAAUUGCCUGCUAAAGUACAAGUCUGAGAUUUAAAUUAGACGUGUUUGUCGUUCUGUAUCUUUCUCUUUUCUCCCCCUCUGCCCCACCAAGUAAUAUUUAGUAAACUAAAAUGUGUGAUUUCAUUAUGUUGUGAUGAUGUUUCCAUAUCUUAGCUGCCAUUUUUGGGAGCACAACAUGAUGACACCAUUGCACAUGUUUUGGUUUGUUAGACAUGACUAGCAGAGAGAGGAGCUGGCGAUGCACAGCUGCUGAUUUUCCAGGCCUCCACAGGGUACCUACAACAUUGCCUUUCAGCCUGAAUUUACAAAUGUAGAUAGGCUUUACUUAAGAAGGAGGAUUUGUGUUGCUGGCAACUGCACAUUGCUUAGAUCUGUUUGAAAACAGAGAGCAAAUCUAUUCAAACCUCCUGUUUCCUUGGCCGUCUGCAGUGGCUUUUCAUUGAUUUUCAGUCUGAUUUCCACAUUGCCCUUCAGGGGAAUCAGGCUGACCUUUCAAUGGGAAGGAUUAAUUGGCUUACCCCCGUUUCAUAUUUUGCCCCAUGAAUAAAAUUCUAGAUUGACAGUGCACACCUGCCUUUUUAAAGCCAUCCCAGGAUGUUUCUUUCUGGUGCGGGCAGGUGGCAUUUGGUUGGGGGAACCGGACGUUGGAUUUUCCGCAGGACACCCUGAUCUCCGGGCAUAGCAGUCCUUCCCCCCGUCCUGUGUUUGAUGCUGGUAGUGGCUUUUCCUGCACUGCACUAGGAAGGCCUGCUCUCUGCUCUGUCCAUUUACAAAGUUGGAGCAUGGGGAACUCCUGCGCAAAAGCAUGCUUAUUGUGCAUGGCUGCAGCAAGUAUCAAGACAAGAAUGGCAAUAGAAAUAGAUGACCUUAUCUUCCAUCUAAAGCACAAAGCACUUUCUUUGGCUGUGAUCCUGCUUCAUUGUUGCUAACCAUGUUAGUCUCAUAAUGUGUCACAGGUGGGGAAGGAACACUCUGUCGUAGGCACAGAGGUGCCCACAGAGCUGCUGCCCCCCCCCCCCCCAGAGAUGAGAGAUGUUUGCCUGGCAGAUCCCUGAGUGCUGCCCUUCAUCUGCAGAACUUCAGAGCAAUCUUUCCAGCCACUCUGGGUGGGUUUAGCAUUUUAGCCCAGUGCAAACAGCAACAGGACAGUCGGUAACAAAAUUUUGUAUCACAAAGAGCAUCUUCUUUAAAAAAUAUUCUUUUCUAUAGCUGCAUUUUUAUAGUUAUUAGAGCAGAUUUUAAUAUAGGCUCUCAUAGUCAUUUUAUUACCUUGGUUCACUUAGCCAGGCAGAUGUUUUAAAAAUGGGUUGAGUAACUCUGCAAAGCCUUUUGGCUAUCUUGCUGUUUCUGAAUGGCUGGAGAGAGGAGAAGAGAGGCAGGGAUCGAGAGCAGGAGACAAGGGGCAACUUGUCAGGACUUUUAUUUAUUCCUUUGCAUUUUUAAUUGUUGGGGGGGGGAGAAAGUAUCAAGCACAUUAGUUAAGCCUGUUCGUUUACUGUUUUGUGCCUCAGAGAGCGAAAAUGAAACAUCCAUUAUUUUUAUGAGAAGAUGCUUCCUAAAUAUUCAGCACUAGGAAAAAAAAAGAAACAACAUCGUCUCACCAUUAUUUGCAUCAUAAAUCAAGACUCGCUUGGUCUGACAAGGCCACUUGUUCGACUCCCAGCUUCUUUCUUAAGUGGAAAAGCCCAAAAGGAAGAGCUUUGCCAACUCAGUGCCAAAGCCAAGCAUCGGGCAUAGCAGAUGCAGGCAUUUGCCCCUCCUUGUGGCAUUCAAGAACACCCCUCCUUUCCAUACGUUGCCAAGGUGCUACACGGAAUGAAGCGUGACUGCAACGAAGAACCAGCAAUGGGUUCCAGUUUUACUGCCUACUGACGUCCUUGAUGGGGAAGGUGGUGCUGGGCUGAGCUGUCUUUUCUACUUGGAAGCUCAGAUGGGAUUGAAUUUGGGGAGGGGGGUGUUGGUGGUUCAAUGAUGACUGAGCAUGUUCUAUCGACUUAAAUUGCUGUGCCUGACAAAGAGGAAGCUGGUGCCCAGUUUUAACAUGGUGCCUCAAGGUUUAGAACUUGGAAGCUGUAGGACACUUUCUGUACACCGAAUUUCUCUGGCUGAAUCAAAGAAUAUAGACAUAGCUAUCUUAUAUAUAUAUAUAUAUAUAUAUGGGGAAAAUUUUACCUUCUUUCCUUAGAUAACUGAUUCACAUUCCCCCUUCCCCCUUGACUUUGCAGAUACAAAGGAUUUCUCUUUAAGAGUAUUGCCUACAUACCUUCUUUUCAAAUUAAAAAACAACACAAGAACAAACCUAGGUGCAUCUAACAGUUGUAAAUAGACAAUAAACAGAGAGAAAAAUUGAAAUUCGUUUCCUUUCUUGGAUGGACACUUGCCAUCCCUUGCAAUGUUAUUGAUAGUACGCUGUGGUGCUUCAGGUUUCCGGUUUUGUUCACUUUAUGCUCAGUCAUCUUUUCAUUGCAGCUACCUUUCAGGGAACAUGUAUAUUUAGUAGCUAUUGUGCGUUCUGCAUGGCAUCACCAAGCUCGUUUUUCCUUGAAAAGAUGGGGGGCCUGUUGUAGCUUCAAGGCACUUGGAUAAAUAAAGAGGGUCUUGUGCCAGAGAAUAGGUGGGGAAAGAAAAAAGGCUUAAAAAUCCUCGUUUGGAACUAAAUAUUGAAAUUCUCUUUUGGGGUGGGGGAGGCUUGAGGAACGAGUCAGCAAACAAACAAAGGGUUUUGGUAAGCCAGCUAAUUCUCACUUGCCAGUUCUAUUAUUUUGUUUCUAUUGGACUGUUUGACCCUGUCAAACAAAUGUCAGAGUUGUGUGUAUUUUAAAAAAAAAACAGUGUUUUUAAAAAAGUGUUGUAAAGACACUGAGCCUUAUGAAAAAUAUUUAUGGAGUUAAAUAAAAAGAAAUUAAAAGACA